AGAUGAAAUGUUCUGGACACCUGGAAGAAUAACUCGAGGUCGGAACAGUAGCAAAGGACUGCCUCAGCCUACGAUUUCUUUUGAUGGAAUUUAUGCAAACGUGAGGAUGGUUCAUAUACUUACAUCAGUGGUUGGAUCGAAAUGUGAAGUACAAGUGAAAAAUGGAGGUGUAUAUGAAGGUGUUUUUAAAACAUACAGUCCUAAGUGUGAUUUGGUACUUGAUGCUGCACACGAGAAAAGUACAGAAUCCAGUUCGGGGCCAAAACGUGAAGAAAUAAUGGAGAGUAUUUUGUUCAAAUGCUCAGACUUCGUUGUAGUUCAAUUUAAAGAUACAGACUCCAAUUACGCACGAAGAGAUGCUUUUACCGACUCUGCUGUCAGUGCCAAAGUGAAUGGCGAGCACAAGGAGAGGGACCUGGAGCCCUGGGAUGCAGGGGAGCUCACGACCAGUGAGGAGCUGGAAGCCCUGGAGAAUGAUGUGUCUAAUGGAUGGGAUCCCAAUGAUAUGUUUCGAUAUAAUGAAGAGAAUUAUGGUGUAGUGUCCACAUAUGAUAGCAGUUUAUCUUCAUAUACGGUUCCCUUAGAAAGGGAUAACUCAGAAGAGUUUCUAAAACGGGAGGCAAGGGCAAACCAGUUAGCAGAGGAAAUCGAAUCCAGUGCUCAGUACAAAGCUCGUGUGGCCCUUGAGAAUGAUGACAGAAGCGAGGAAGAAAAAUACACAGCGGUCCAGAGAAACUGCAGUGAGCGUGAGGGGCAUGGCACAAACACUAGAGAAAAUAAAUAUAUUCCUCCUGGACAAAGAAACAGAGAAGUCAUAUCCUGGGGAAGCGGGAGACAGAGCUCACCACGGAUGGGCCAACCUGGACCAGGCUCCAUGCCAUCAAGAGCUGCUUCUCAUACUUCAGAUUUCAACCCGAACUCUGGUUCAGACCAAAGAGUAGUUAAUGGAGGUGUUCCCUGGCCAUCGCCUUGCCCAUCUCCUUCCUCUCGCCCACCUUCUCGCUACCAGUCAGGUCCCAACUCUCUUCCACCUCGGGCAGCCACCCCUACACGGCCGCCCUCCAGGCCCCCCUCGAGGCCAUCCAGACCCCCGUCUCACCCCUCUGCUCAUGGUUCUCCAGCUCCUGUCUCUACUGUGCCUAAACGCAUGUCUUCAGAAGGCCCUCCAAGGAUGUCUCCAAAGGCACAGCGGCACCCUCGGAAUCACAGAGUCUCUGCUGGAAGAGGCUCCAUGUCUAGCGGCCUAGAAUUUGUAUCCCACAACCCCCCAAGUGAAGCAACUGCUCCUCCAGUGGCAAGGGCCAGUCCUGCAGGGGGAACGUGGUCCUCAGUUGUCAGUGGGGUUCCAAGGUUAUCUCCAAAAACUCACAGACCCAGGUCUCCCAGGCAAAACAGUAUUGGAAACACUCCCAGUGGGCCUGUGCUUGCUUCUCCCCAAGCUGGUAUCAUCCCUACUGAAGCAGUUUCCAUGCCUGUUCCCGCUGCAUCUCCUACUCCUGCCAGCCCUGCAUCCAACAGAGCUCUGACCCCGUCUAUUGAGGCUAAAGAGUCCAGGCUUCAAGAUCAGAGGCAGAACUCUCCUGCAGGGAAUAAGGAAACUAUUAAAGCAAAUGAAACAUCACCUAGCUUUUCAAAAGUUGAAAACAAAGGUAUGUCACCAGUUGUUUCUGAACAUAGAAAACAGAUUGAUGAUUUAAAGAAGUUUAAGAAUGAUUUUAGGUUACAGCCAAGUUCUACAUCUGAAUCUAUGGAUCAACUUCUAAGCAAAAAUAGAGAAGGAGAAAAGUCACGAGAUUUGAUCAAAGACAAAAUUGAAGCAAGUGCAAAGGAUGCUUUCAUUGACAACAGCAGCAGCAACUGUACCAGUGGCAGCAGCAAGACCAACAGCCCUAGCAUCUCCCCUUCUGUACUUAGUAACACAGAGCAUAAGAGGGGGCCCGAGGUUACAUCCCAAGGGGUGCAGACUUCUAGUCCAGCCUGCAAACAAGAGAAGGAUGACAGAGAAGAGAAAAAAGACGCAACUGAGCAAGUUAGGAAAUCAACAUUGAAUCCCAAUGCAAAAGAAUUCAACCCGCGUUCUUUUUCUCAGCCAAAACCUUCUACUACCCCAACGUCACCUCGGCCACAAGCACAGCCGAGCCCAUCAAUGGUGGGUCAUCAGCAGCCAGCUCCAGUGUAUACACAGCCUGUUUGUUUUGCACCAAAUAUGAUGUAUCCAGUCCCAGUGAGCCCAGGCGUGCAGCCUUUAUACCCAAUACCUAUGACGCCCAUGCCAGUGAACCAAGCCAAGACAUAUAGAGCAGUACCAAAUAUGCCCCAACAGCGACAAGACCAGCAUCAUCAAAGCACCAUGAUGCAUCCUGCCUCAGCAGCAGGCCCACCCAUUGUAGCCACCCCGCCCGCUUACUCCACUCAGUACGUUGCCUACAGCCCUCAGCAGUUUCCCAGUCAGCCUCUAGUUCAGCAUGUGCCGCAUUAUCAGUCUCAGCAUCCUCAUGUGUACAGCCCUGUCAUACAGGGUAAUGCCAGAAUGAUGGCACCACCAGCACAUGCGCAGCCUGGUUUAGUAUCUUCCUCAGCAACUCAGUUCGGGGCCCAUGAGCAGACGCAUGCCAUGUAUGCAUGUCCCAAAUUACCAUACAACAAGGAGACAAGCCCUUCUUUCUACUUUGCCAUUUCCACGGGCUCCCUUGCUCAGCAGUAUGCGCAUCCUAGUGCCACCCUGCAUCCACAUACGCCCCACCCUCAGCCUUCGGCCACUCCCACUGGACAGCAACAAAACCAGCAUGGUGGAAGUCAUCCUGCACCCAGUCCUGUUCAGCACCAUCAGCACCAGGCCGCCCAAGCUCUUCAUCUGGCCAGUCCACAGCAGCAGUCAGCCAUUUACCACGCUGGGCUGGCACCAACCCCACCUUCCAUGACACCUGCCUCUAAUACACAGUCUCCACAGAGCAGUUUCCCAGCAGCACAACAAACAGUCUUCACCAUCCAUCCUUCUCAUGUUCAGCCGGCAUAUACCACCCCUCCCCACAUGGCCCACGUACCUCAGUGCGCCACUGAGGCUUUGGCAAGGUGUGAGCUAGAGAUGCUGUGCAGUUGGUGGGUCUCUUGCAGAAGGCUAGCUCAUGUACAGUCAGGAAUGGUUCCUUCUCAUCCAACUGCCCAUGCGCCAAUGAUGCUAAUGACGACACAGCCACCCGGCGGUCCCCAGGCCGCCCUCGCUCAAAGUGCACUACAGCCCAUUCCAGUCUCGACAACAGCGCAUUUCCCCUAUAUGACGCACCCUUCAGUACAAGCCCACCACCAACAGCAGUUGUAAGGCUGCCCUGGAGGAACCGAAAGGCCAAAUUCCUUCCUCCCUUCUACUGCUUCUACCAACUGGAAGCACAGAAAACUAGAACUUCAUUUAUUUUGUUUUUUAAAAAGAUACACUGAUUUAACAUCUGAUAGGAAUGCUAACAGUUCACUUGCAGUGGAGGAUGUUUUGGACCGAGUAGAGGCAUGUAGGGACUGUGGCUGUUCCAUAAUUCCAUGUGCUGUUGCAGGGUCCCGCAAGUACCCAGCUCUGCUUGCUGAAACUGGAAGUUAUUUAUUUUUUAAUGGCCCUUGAGAGUCAUGAACACAUCAGCUAGCAAAAGAAGUAACAAGAGUGAUUCUUGCUGCUAUUACCGCUUUAAAAAAAAAAAAAUCAAGACUUGGAACGCCCUUUUACUAAACUUGACUGAAGUUCAGUAAAUUCUUACCGCCAAACUGACGGAUUAUUAUUUAUAAAUCAAGUUUGAUGAGGCAAUCACUGUCUACAGUGGCUCAACUUUUAAGUUAAGGGAAAACUUUUACUUUGUAGAUAAUAUAAAAUAAAAACUUAAAAAAAAAUUAAAAAAUAAAAAAAGUUUUAAAAACUGA